ACACUAAUUUUUGUAAAAGCAAAUCCCCUCUUCGUUGAAAGAAAACUUUUUUUUUAGACAACAAUGAACGUUCUCGCCAGAUCUGCCCGUGCUGCCAUGAAGCCUAUGGCUCGUUUCUAUGCUACUGAAGCUGCUGCUGCUUCUGAAGCUCUUCGUUUGACCUUUGUUGUCCCUCACAAGGCCAUCUACAAGUCCACCAGUGUUCAACAAGUCAACUUGGCUGCUACCUCUGGUGACAUGGGUAUCCUCGCCAACCACGUUCCUACUAUUGAACAAUUGAACCCUGGUGUUGUCGAAGUCAUUGAAUCUUCUGAAAUCACCAAGAAGUUCUUUGUUUCUGGUGGUUUCGCUACCAUCAACCCUGAUAGCUCUCUCAACAUCAACGCUGUUGAAGCUUUCCCUCUUGAAGAAAUCUCUCUUGAACGUGUUCAAUCUGGUCUUGCUGAAGCUCAACGUCAAGCUGGUAGUGCCACUACUGACCAAGAAAAGGCUGCUGCCAAGAUCGAAGUUGAAGUUUACGAAGCUCUUCAACACGCCUUGUCCAAGUAAAUUGUAUAGUACCAAUAUAGGAUGAUUUAAAAAAAUAUAUAUUGUUUAAAAAAAUAU